AUGGAUGUUCAAGCUAUGCACUCUGAGUUGUUCGAGGAGCUUCAGGAAUGGAGUCGUGGAGAGACCUUAGAUGAGGCUCACACCCUGAUGGUGCUUACUCCCGAAGGAGUGGAGAUAGACCAAAUAGAGCACACUCUGGAGAGUGUUAAAGCUUUGGGUCGAGUGCGGGUGAGAGGCCGAAGAUACAACAAAGCGCUUGAUAGGCUAACUGUCCUGUGUGAAACCAAAGAGAAAGUAGAUGCCACAAGAAUCCCACCUGAAGUGUAUCCUACGGGGGCUGGUGAGCCGUGGUCCAUCAUAGUGACAGCUGAAGCUUCGCCUCGUGAGGAUUUUUCCCAGAGUAAAUCGAAACGCGGGGCAGAAGCACAGGAGAAUGGUAACUCUGCAGAGUCGAUAAUCCGUGCUGUGGGCGAUUUGUUGGCAAAGAUGGAGAGACCCUCCAGUGAAGGCAGUAGUUAUCGUAGACUCAGAAUGUUCUCAGGCACAGUACCAACACCGGUUGGAGAAGAGACAUUCGAACAGUGGGUUGAACAAGCACACCUAAUGGUGGAGGAGAGUGACAGUUCUGCUAAAGAAAAGAGGCGCAGAAUCAUUGAGAGUCUUAAAGGUCCAGCACUAGCGGUGGUGAAAACUGUGAGGACAGCUGAUCCUGAUAUUAGCCCAGAACAAUGUCUAGAAGCUGUUACAAAAGCUUUUGGCAGUGCUGAGACGGGUGAGGAUUUGUACUUUGCUUCUCGGUUACUACAACAGCAACCGCAGGAAAAACUAUCCGACUUUCUGAGGCGAUUAGAGCAGUCGCUGAGCAGGGUAGUGAGUUGUGGUGGAAUUGAAGCCCACCGUGUUGAUAGGACCAGAGUAGAACAGCUCCUUAGGGGUGCCGUGCACUCCGACAUGAUGUUAGUGCAACUCAAGCUGAGAGACAGGAAAGAAACCCCACCCAGUUUUGUAGAGCUCUUAAGUGAGAUCAGAAGUGAGGAGGAGUAUGAAGCCUCCCGGGCUAAAUUGCAUCUGGUAGCACACAAAGUCCAAGCACAAUCAGAACAGGAUAACAGACAGAUUGAAAUUCAGAAUCUGAAAACUGAGAUUCGAGAACUGAAGUCUAUGGUUUCAUCCGUGGUAUACCAGUCAUGCCCCACACCAAGAGAAGUUGCAGAGCCUGUUCCAACAAGCAAGACUGACGGUGUAGAGAGUUCAGCAGAUGGCGAAGUGGUUGCGCUGAGAAAACGGGUUAAAAGGUUGCAGCAGAAGCUGGACGCCAGAGAGCAAAGGUCUGUUGUGUCCUCUCCAGUUUUGAGAGUGGAGCCGUCCAGGGCUGAUCUGAACUCUGCACGGACAG